AUGUCCAUCUUGAUUCCGUACGACAAGUACCGACGUCUGCUCUCUAAAGAAGGAAAAGAAUCCAACAUUUGUGUGGAUUGUCAUAAAGCGUUUUCUCGAAAAGACGUCUUACUGCGACACAGAAAACGCCAACACGAACUGAAACCCAUUUCACCACGGAAGGAAGUGAACACGCAGACGUCAUUGACUGAGGACUCACCAUUCACCGAGACUGAACAAGGGCUGCAAUUGGAGAUCCUUAGCUCACCGCCAUACAAAGAGCGUCAUCAAACGCCACCCCCGUCACCGCAGCCACCUGCAGAGACCUGUAAAGCGCCGCCGCCACCACCCGCGGAGGUCUAUAAAGCGCCGCCGCCGCCCGCGGAGACCUUUAAAGCGCCGCCGCCACAUGCAGAGACCUUAAAAGCGCCGCCACCGCAUGCAGAGACCUUUCAAACACCGCCGGCGCCGCCGCAUGCAGAGACUUUGAAAUCGGCGCCGUAUGUCCAAACUCCAUCGGUUACUGUGAGACGAUGGGUGUAUUUUUGA